AGUUGUGAUGCAGACGUUGUGACGAACAACCGUAAAACCCAGUGUAGCUCGUGCUGAUCAAAUGAUUUUCAUCGUUCGGUCCCUUUGUCUCUUGCUCCAACUAGUAAGAAGAAAUCAUCUCGUGACACUGUGCAUCGGGUGAACGUUCUGUCCAAAGUGGUUUUUCGCUAAAAUAUUUUCUCCCUGCAAUGUGUGUGUUUAUGUGAGUAUUUGUACCAAGUGAAAUUGAAUUUUAGUGCAACUUUAUGAUUGUCUCUCAAGCCGAAAAUUGUGUUCGCAUUUUGUUUGGGUGUCACAAAAAUAAACAAGAGCAACAACAGCAGACACAGCGAAUAUUAUGCAUCACUUUUGAACCAAAUACAUCCAUCUCAGGUUAAAGAAUUGAGUACGUGAAAUAAUGUUGUUGAGAUGGCGUUACGGGGAUGGCGACUCUUUGGAGUGGCCGGUACAAUAUUUGCAUAUGUUGCCGGUAUUUUACUGCUAUCGAUCAUCAGUCUGAACAAUCCCCAUCAAAGACGUCUGCGAAACGGCCAUUACAGCAGCGAUUCGUAUGAAGUGUUUAAGCACCGUGAAUUGGGAAUAUUGAGUCGUCGUCCGCCGUUGCAAUGGUGUCGAGAGUUACGCUAUUUAACCGAUCCAGAAAAACCAUCAUUUGCUGCACAAACAACCACAUCGAAAUCCUAUAGUUCAUUCUCCGGACAUUUUUUGAAAAAAUAUGAGAAAUACUUGCGCAAAGAGCCAGCAGCAUCCAGCGUUACAAAUUCGAAUGCUUCCUAUCGAAAAUCAAAUAAUGACAUAUUAACUGAUAGCCAUCAAUGGAUUGUUCGCACAGAUAAUAAUGGCUUCCAUUCGAAAAUUGCAAAUGAAAAACUUGCUCGAGGAAUUAAGCACAACCAUGAUGUUGAUACGAAACGUGUUUACUACGAAAAAUUAUGGCCUAAAACAAACAAUUUACGAAAGAAACUGGUGAAAGCGACUGAAACACCCGAAACCGGACUUACGGCAUUAGCUUCGUUUCCAGGUUCGGGAAACACAUGGCUUAGGUACUUAUUACAGCAAGCGACGGGCAUUUAUACAGGUAGCGUUUAUAAAGAUUUUGGUUUGCUGAAAAGUGGUUUUCCAGCUGAAUACGUCUGUAAUUCGUCCGUUCUGGUGAUCAAAACACAUGAGUGGGGUCCAAACGUAUGGCAACAGUUUUCACGUGCGAUUUUAUUGGUGCGAGACCCCGAUAGAUCAAUAUUAGCCGAAUUCAAUCGCCAGAGCGGUGGACAUGUCGGUUUCGCUUCACCAGAAAGAUACAAGCGAACGAAAGGACGAUAUUGGCAACAAUUUGUGACAAAUAAACUGUAUGCGUGGGAACAAAUGAAUUUGCAAUGGGCAAAAAAUUUCACAGGUGAUGUUCACAUCGUAUAUUACGAUGAUUUAGUUAGUAACGUCGAAGGGACGCUACGCGAUAUUUUACACUUUCUAAAUAUUCCAAUUGAUAAGGAUUUAUUCAACUGUGCGAUGUCUCGAAAAGAAGGUAUCUACAGGCGAAAAAAGCGUAUCAUGGCAUUUGAUCCAUACACACCCGUCAUGCAUGAAGUACUCGAAACGAAGAAGCGGGAAGUUUACUCAGCUUUAGGACGCUACAAAUAUUAGUUUCUACUUUUAGCCAACGUUUUUCAAGGAAAUCAAUAAUAUGUUUUCUGUAUGCAGAAUUGUGAGAAAAAAAAUCAAAAUGAUUGAAAUCAAAAGAAAUGCAACAAGAUAUUGUAUAUUUAGAGAUAGACUGCGGACAAAAUUCUCAACUCAUUCUAGGAUUUUGGAACGAAAAAUGCAACCAAAUCCAAAUGUACACACAUUUAUAGCCAAAGCUUGUAGCUUAUUAACGAAACUUCCUUUAAAAGUAGAAGAAAACUAAACAUUUGUGUAAACAACUAUUUAUUUAUGCACCUCACCCUAUUUUAUGGGAAAACGAAGGGGAUUCCUAACGUUUAAUCGGACGGAAAUUGGCGUGUAUGUGGAUCAACAGUAUUUGUUGUCAAUGGCACAGUAUUUAAAUUGAUGUGAUUAAGUCGUGUUCAAAUGAACUCACCCAAAACAAAUUUCUUACAUCAUACCGUAGUAUUUAACUAGGAUAUUUAUACGUCUCUAGAUAAUAACGAAAAAAAAACAUACACACAAAUUAGGUCUAUUUAAAAAAAAUUGGAAAAUAAUUGAAUCGAAAUCAUUAUCUUCUGGGAUUGAGUAUUUAGAAAUUCGUAGUUUAUUUCUGAUUCAUUAGGAAUAGAUUGCAGACUCUGAACAACCAGUGAAAUGCGUCGCUAAACAUAGAGUUGAACAAGUUGUGCAUUGUUUUGUUGUUUGCUUUGUAAGAUGGUUCGUGAUCUAUAUAUUAUUGUUGUUCAUUUUAUCGAAAAUGCCCAAAAAGCCAAAUGGCAUAAGCUCUAUGUGAAUACUUUCAAUUGAUCUUGAUUUCAUGACGAUUAUUCAAUUUAGUUUAAUUUUUAAACAAUUUAAUUUUAAACACUUUGUAAAUAUGUCCUCCAAAUUGUUUAUUGAUUUAAAUAUUUAUUUUAUGAUAUACGCUUUGUCUCAGUUCCUAUGAAGGGUUUAAAUUGCAUCGUUAUUUUCUGUUCAAAAGACAUAAGAGAAAAAACAGGCCUACAUAAAACGAAAUUGUAGUAAACAAAAAUGAAUAAUUGCUUUGAUUUAUUGUACAACGGAACGAAUGAAUAAAAAUAUAAAUUGAAAAAAAAAAA